UGAGUGUGUGCGCGUGUGUGCGUGCAUUGAGAGGGGAGGGGGUGGGAGGCGCGCGUGUGUUCGGUCAAACCCGUUACAUUUCGUGCAACCCGCCCACGUCCCCCCCUCCUCUCUCACCUCCACAUACUUCGGAAGGAAAAGACGUUCGUUGAGCACGGCAGAGAAAAACUUUCUCAUUUCCUAACUCUCACCUAAACUUUAUUUCAAGCAUUACUUCGGCAAUAGAGACACUUAAAAAAUGGCUGAGGAACUGAAGGCUGUGAAAAUUGAGUUUAUAGAAAAUGUGUCCUUACCUGUAAUCGAACAACUUCUGGACCAUCUUUUACAUGACGACGUCUUGAAUAGCGGAGAGGGGCAGGCCAUCAUUGAGGCGCAUGACACCAGAGCAAGGAGGGCUCGUAUCCUCAUUGACUCCGUGUCGAGAAAAGGUGAUGAGGCGAGCUGGAAGAUGAUCACUUACCUUCAACAAAGGGACCCAAUGCUCUUCAAGGAAUUGGGCCUCCCCACUGAGUCCCCACAAGCUGCCUCCGAGGUGGAACGCCAGUGGUCCACCACACUCAUCCCCUGCAAAAGGAAAUUUUGGAAUGCCAGGAAGAAUGAUCAAAAGAUCUACCCCGUGAAUAAAGAGUCCAAAAAGAACCGUGUAGCUCUGCUCAUCACCAAUAUCAAGUUUAAGGACAGCCAUUUUGACAGACAUGGAGCCGAGGUAGAUGAACGGAACAUGGUGAGGCUGUUACGUGCUUUGGGAUAUGAAGUGGUCCAAUACACGAACCUCACUGGAGAGGAAAUUGACAAGGCCGUCAUCGACUUCUCCAAACAUUCCAAACUCAAAGACACAGACAGUGUGUUUGUGGUGAUCAUGUCUCAUGGGAGCCUGGGAUCGGUCUUCAGCGUCGAUUGUUCUUAUUAUGCCAUUGAUAAUAUUUUCAAUCACUUGGGCUCAGCAAAUUGCAAAGCUCUGCUGAAUAAACCCAAGAUCAUCAUCAUCCAAGCCUGCAGAGGAGUUCAUAGAGGGUCCGUGCCCAUGAACGAUGGCGCAAACGAGGUGGGCUCUGAUCAUAUCCAGGAUGCGGGACCGUCCACGUCUGAUGAUGGACGCAUCAAGCAUGAUGGUGUUCAAUUUGUGCACAAAGAAAAAGAUUUCAUCGCUCUUCUCUCUAGCACCCCUGACACCGUCUCAUACAGACACAAAGUGGAUGGCUCUUUCUUCAUUCGGUACAUUGUUGAUGUUGUGAACACCUGCGCAUGUGAGGAAGACAUUGAGGAACUUUUCAGGAUGGUCAUGCGUCGCUUCGAAGCAUCGCCGCUUGGGAUGCCUAAGCAGAUGCCAACUAAAGACAGAUGCACUUUGUCAAGGCGCUUCUACCUCUUUCCAGGCAUUUGACACCGGGGCAUCAGGAGGACAUCACUGUCAUAUUGUGACACUUAUGAAUGCACAUUUUAAAU